UUUAAAAAGCUUCAUAGAUGCUCUGAAUCUGGUAGAUUCUCUAAAAGAAACACACGAAGCACUUGCUGUAAGUCUUAUUAAGACAAAACUAAAAGGCCAUGCCAGGAACCUGAUAAGAGAUGAGAACACUAUUACAGCUCUCAUAUCGAAACUAUCGGACAAAUUAAAAGGAGAGUCAGUAGAAGUUAUUUCUGCUAAACUUCUAAACUUACAACAAAAGAGCAAAACGGCCAAUCAAUAUACCCAAUAGGCUUAAAAUUGAAAAAAAAGUCCCUUGAAGGAGUCUAUAUCAGUGAAGGUCUAAGCCAAUCACUUGCAAACACUACAAGAGCCGUAAAACCUAUGACCCAAAAUUGUUCGAUUGAUAAGGUAAAACUUAUCAUGCAGGCAGGCACAUUCACAAAUAUGAAUGAUGCCGUCUCCAAAUUUGUCAAUAGUUGCACGGAGGUAACAGGUCAAAGUAACACUGUCCUGUAUUAUCGACGAGGUGUAAAUCAAAAUAAUAGACGAGGCCGAAGUUAUAAUCGUGGCAAAAAUUACAACCACAACAAUUGCAACUGCGGCGGUAAUAACAACAACAACAACAAUAAUUACAAUAACCGUGCAGGAAGACGAGGCCAAAAUCGGGGAAGAGGCCGCGGGAACUCCAACCAAGACAAAACUGACUGGGAUGUCUGGAUUCAAUAUUUCACAUAUUGCUUCAACACUUCAACACCAUCAGCAACGCAUGAGUAUUGUCCAUACGAACUAGUAUUUUCUGAAAUAAACGUCGUUAGUUCAACACGUCGGUACUCCGGCACCAAGCCGUAA